AAUUUAAAUUUAAAAGGAAAUGUUUUUUCCUCCAUUACCUCCCGCUCCCCGUUCAAUUAUAUCCUUUAAAUCUGUGCAUCCCCACGCUCACCCACACACUCGUGCAUUAUAUAAUCCAUGUUACAUCAUUCGUUUGUAUAUAUCCGUUAUGGUUAGGUAUCCUGUGAGAUACAAAUUUGCGAAUAAAAGAUAGUAAUAGUAGAUUUGUGGAAAAAAUGGUUUUUAAGAAUCAUGAGUCGUGUGUCGAAAAGUAACCCCCUCGUACAUGAGAAUGACAGAAAAGGAAGGCAAUAUCGAAAUCGUAACAGAACUAUGUCCUAUCAAACCAAGAAAAAUUGGACCACAAAAUAUAGCCAUAAGAUUACGACGAAGAGAAACUAUGGGUUGUUCAUAUCCUGGAACACAGGUUCUUGUAGCCAGGCAAUUUUACCAAAAUGUCUUUCCCAAUUAUACGGUUGUCAAUGUUGAGAAACCACCCUGUUUUUUAAGAAAAUUUAGUCCAGAUGGUAAGUAUUUGGUGGCGUUUAGCGCGGAUCAAACAUCCAUCGAGGUUUACGAAUAUCAAGGAGCUGCUGCGGCUGCGGAUCUAUUAGUUGGCUGUAAAGGGGAAUAUAUUGGGCACAAGAACGACGAGAGAUCAUUCCACAUUAGGAAUCAUAUUUUUAAGCGAUUUUUUAAGACAAAAUGGAUUAUCAACGUAGUACAAAGUAAUGAGCAGCUAAACAGAGAAUGCAGUCUCUUUACAGACGAUGGACGGUAUGUGAUUGUCGGUUCGGCUGCGCAUAUUCCCGAUGACAUAAGACCACACUUUUAUCAGAUCUACUCCAAUAACGAAGCGUUAACCCCCAAUCCCAGAUCUCCUCUAGAGGAUUAUAGUAUUCAUUUAGUUGAUAUUAGAGGUGGAAAGCUCUGUGAUACAAGAAACUUUAAAGUAGAUAAAAUUUAUUUAUCUCAAAAUCAGGGUCUCUAUUUGUAUAAAGAUAUUCUAGCCGUUUUAUCGGUACAACAUCAGACUAUACAUAUUUUUCAAUUAUUAGAUGGUAUGUUUAUUAAUGUUCGUACAAUUGGCAGGUUCUGUCUCGAAGACGAAGCCUAUUUAGUCACAAGUGCCUGGCCUGGUGGGAAUUCAAGGCCUUUUAAAGAUGCGACUAUCAACAGCUUAAAACACAAGCUUCUCGUCUAUCUAUAUAAAAGAGCAGCGUACAUAAGUGACACUACAAAGGAUCCGUACGAAUUGCGUCGUUUUUAUCAGUACUUUGAUCAGCUUAACUCUUUGAGAAUGUGGAAAAUGCAAUUGCUGGACACGAAUCACAUUUUAGUCAGAUAUGCAAGCGAAGAAGUUGCAACGUUGCAAGCGAGCGAGCCACAUGUUCAACCAGCCUUGCUAGUCGUUUACGACAUGGCCUCUGCAAAAGUAUUGGCAGCUUACGAUAAUGCAUCGACCCAAUUAUUAACGCAGUUUGAAAACUUCACAGACUUCUUUAGAAACGCACGAAUGAGUACAGACUGUCAAUAUAUGUGCUCUCCGUCCAACAACAUUUAUGCACGAUUGAUGCAGCAAAGAUUCAAGCAAACAAUUAUAAGCGCUCGCUAUGGUGGUAUUACAGAGGCAACCAAGAGAUUACUCGCCCAAUUACCAAUUUGCGCUCAGUCCUAUUCUAGUUCUCCCUACCUUGAUCUAUCUUUAUUUUGUUACGAUGAUAAGUGGGUUUCAAUGAUGGAAAGGCCCAAGGCAUGCGGAGAACAUCCAAUCAGAUUUUAUGCACGAGACUCGGGACUUUUGAAGUUUCGAAUGCACGCAGGAAUCCUAGGAAGAUCGACUCCGGUAAUUGCAAGAAGAUUGGUAGCUUUUACCUUUCACCCGACAGAUCCAUUCGCAAUCUCGGUUCAGCGUACAAAUGCCGAGUAUAUUGUUAGUUUUCACGUUCGUCAUAUUUAA